AUGAACUCGUGUUCCAGGUUAACUGAAAGAGAGUUGCAGUUCCCUUUCAUGGCACUGCUUAUCUCAGGAGGACACAACCUUCUGAUUCUUGCACGUGAUCUUGGGCAUUACAUUCAACUUGGAACAACAAUAGAUGAUGCAAUUGGCGAGGCAUAUGACAAGACAGCAAAAUGGCUUGGACUUGAUAUGAGAAGGAGUGGGGGCCCAGCUAUAGAGGAGCUAGCUCUAGAAGGUGAUGCAGAAUAUGUCAAAUUCAGAGUCCCCAUGAAACAACAUAAAGAUUGCAACUUCUCAUAUGCUGGUCUGAAAACUCAAGUGAGGCUGGCUAUUGAGUCCAAAAAUAUCAAUGCCAAAAUUCCCAUAGCUUCAGCAACGAGCCAUGACCGAAGUUCACGAGCUGAUGUUGCUGCCUCGUUCCAGCGAGUUGCAGUAUUACAUCUAGAGGAAAAAUGUGAGCGGGCAAUUGCAUGGGCGUUGAAGAUUGAGCCUUCUAUAAGACAUUUGGUAGUCUCUGGAGGUGUUGCAUCAAAUCGGUAUGUUAGGGCUAGGCUUAAUCAGGUUGUCGAGAAAAAUGGCUUGCAACUUGUGUGUCCUCCUCCCAGUCUUUGUACCGACAAUGGUGUAAUGGUUGCGUGGACUGGCAUUGAGCACUUCCGUGUGGGAAGAUUUGAUCCUCCGCCACCUGCCAAUGAACCUGAAGAUACUUUGGUUUGUUCUUCUUUCCUUUGUUUCUUUUCUCAAAGUUGA